GGAAGGUGCCCGCCGCAGUCAAAAUGCCCUCGAAGCUGCCCCGAAGGGAAAUCCCCUCCAAACGCUCAAAGAACAGACAGAUCUGCUCGUUUCUAAGCACACUGCCUUCGUCUUGAGCCCUUGAGAAUCACCAGCGUUCUGCUUCUCUCUCAUCAAGCCUGACUUCGUCGCAUCGCGUCGGACCCCCUGCUUCAAUCAAGCGCUUCGGUGAGGUACCUUAGCGCAGCCAGCUAGUCAAAUAAAGCUUGUCCGCCAACACACCUCGUGAGCUGUCUGUCUGAGACGAGCACGAACACAGAGAGACAGUCAGGCAGCCCGAGGGGAAGCUUCCCCUCCCUGCUGCCUUGCGUGACUGUCUGCAGGUGUGUCAGGCCGUGGUUGACGAGCCUACGGAGACAUGGACAGGUGAGAGACGACCAACUUGAAGCAGCUGCCUGACUUGCCGUGUCGUUUUGUCUCAUCCACUGUCUCAAUCUGCAGACGCGGCAUUUCGCCGUCAUUUGGACGACAUGAUCAAGCUCAGUGGGACCACUUCAACAGGUGGGAAGACACUGUUGAUGCCCGUGCAAAGGUCACGGUCACCAGAUGUGGUCGUUGCUUGUGUAUAUGGCUGGAUUCAGAGACCAAAUGAUGCGGCCACGAGGACCCUCACCACCAGCCCGUCCGCCUACCCCCUUCAGAGACAACGACAUUGAGCCGAUUCUGCGCGUUGACCGGUGGGCCACAGAGAAUACACAACGUUGCCUGGCUGCACAGGGCUGCCGUGCUCUCUCCCAGGGGCGUCGACCCGCGUGGCCCGUGCUCUUCCCCCCCUCCCCUGGUGCGCAGUUGGGUGCCCGCAGCAGUCGCAGUACAGCAGCGCAAGCCACAGCCACCGGUGCAAGCCAACGCAGGUGAACACGACAGACGGACAUGCAAGCAGGACCACCACGGGUAUGUUAAUGUCACAAAUGGCACAGCUAGCCGCGAGAGCCUGAAUGGCUUCUUUGUGUCUUGCUUCAGCCGUCGUCGUGGCCGCCCCGACGAUGCCAGCGACGAGCAAGAGAGUCCCCCUCGUCAGAGGCGCCGCCUCGAGCCACCUGCUCAGCCCAUCCAGCAGCAGCUGGCCGCCAACCACCCUAUCCAGCUCAUCCAGCAGCCUGCACCCCAGCAGCAGCAGCAGCAGCAGGGCCGGUCGGUGAAGCCGCCGAGAUACAUCGCCGUCAAGCAUCGGGGUGCGUUCACUAUGAACGCAUCGAGAAGCUGA